AUGGUGGAUUACUAUGAAGUUCUAGAAUUGCAGAGAUAUACUUCACCUAAGGACAUUAUAAAGGCUUAUUGAAAAGUGGCACUUAAAUGGCACCCUGAUAAAAAUCCAGAAAAUAAAGAAGAAGCCGAGAGAAAAUUCAAAGAAGUAGCUGAGGCAUAUGAGGUAUUAUCAAAUGAUGAAAAACGGGACAUUUAUGAAUACGGCAAAGAAGGAUUAAAUGGUGGAGGCAGAAGUCAUUUUGAUGAUUCUUCUGAGUAUGGCUUCACAUUCCGUAAGCCAGAUGAUGUCUAAGAAAUUUUUCGUAAAAGGGACCCAUUAUCAUUUCGUUUCUUUACAGACUUGCUUGAAGACCUUUUAAAUAAUCAAAGCUCCUAUGGAAGCAGAAACAGAGGUGAAAGAUCCUUUUUCUCUACAUCCAGUGAAUAUCCAGCUUUCGAAUUUUCUUCAUAUGAUACAGGAUAUAUACCAUGUGGUUCACUGGGCCAUGAGGGCCUUAAUUCAUUCUCUUCCCUGACAUUUGACAACAGUGGGAUGGGCAACUACAUAUCUGUUACAACUUCAGGUAAAAUUGUUAAUGGCAGAAAUACCAAUACAAAGAGAAUUAUUGAGAAUGAUCAAGAAAGAGACGAAGACGAUGGUGAGUUGAAGUCCUUUCUUUUAAAUGGUAUGGCAGAUGGAGAGAGCUUUGCUGAGGAAUGCAAUUGGAGAAGAUGGUCAUUCAACAAUUAUUCACCAAAGUCCUGCAGCCCCAAACAUGUAUCUCAAUAUACUUGCAACUGGAAUCCCUCUAUUUUCUCAGCAGGAUUCAAAGAAGGUGGUAAGAGGAAAAAAAAGAAGCAUAAAGAGGUACAGAAGAAGAAGUCAACUAAAAGGAAUCAUUAA